AAGCCAAGAAAUUAUGGAUUAGAUAAGCUUCCACUUUCUUCACGAGGUCUUCAUCGUCAUCAUCGGCCACCUUUCUACUUUGUCCAUUUCACAACUGACCCAAAAAUCUCUCUCUCUCUCUCUCUCUCUCUCUCUCUCUCCCCAUGUGUGAGGCUCUGCUUGGCCGCUUGCGCCUUUAAUUUCUUGCAUCCCAACGUCCGUACAUCAACGUUUCUUCUGGGAAGUCCCCGUCGAGUAUGUCUUUUCGAUUCCUUACUGAGACAAAAGGGACUUUCUUCGAUCUCCUUCUCUCUUUUGCUUUUUCUUGCUUGUUUCUCUCUGCUUCUGCUUCUGCUUCUGCGACAGUGAUUUCUGCUGCUUGAUCUCAUCUGGGUUUUCCUUCCUUUCUGAAAUUGAUCUUGAACUCUGGUGUUCUUGAACCUAAAUUCCCCCCCUUUUUUCCAGAAGUUUUUCUGCAUUUUGUUGCGACUUUUGCGAGUUUCACUUCCUGGGUUUCCUUUGUUCGUGCUAAAGAUUGCGACUUGGGUUUUGCAUAAUCCAGCUCGAUGAGAAUCUCUUGUCGGCCAAGCAGUUUGAAGUUUGAACAGCUCUCUCUUAGCCGAUGAUUGAGUUCUUGUCUGUAAUCUCUACGGUGUUCGUUCCCUUCUUGCGCUGAUUACUGAAAGAAAUCAUGAAUCUUCAGCAGUUUGACACUUAUCCUGUGUUCUCUCUAACGCUCAGUUGCUGAAUUCAGGACAUCCUCGGAGAUUUUUCCAGGAAAAAUCAACAGACGCGAUCAUGAAGGAAAAGCAUAGUUUCCUGGUCGAGGUAAAGAGAUAGGAGAAACAUGAACUUGGUGAAUAGCAUAGAGAAACAGUUGUGGACAUCGAUCCAUUCAAAGGGCAUACUGCAUCACGAUGUCCGGGAUUCAUACGAGAAGGCGGGUUCUACUUACGAGAGAAUCUUCACAAGUGAUCUAACGCAGGAGGAGCUGCAAGAUGUCGAAUUCUCUCUGUGGAAGCUCCAUUACAAACACAUUGACGAGUUUCGGAAAGGAGUUAAACCAAGCUCUGUCGAUUCAUCGGGUAGAAGGAUUUCAGACAGCCAUGUAGAAGCAUUCAAGUCGUUUCUGUCACGAGCAACCGAAUUUUACAAGAACCUGAUCUCGAAAGCGAGAAGACACUUUGGAGUCUCUGAGGGAGAGGAAAGCUUUCCGCCGUUUCACGAACCAAAAGUACUGAAAUGCAGAUUCCUGUGCCAUCGUUUCUGCAUUUGUCUCGGAGAUCUUGCAAGGUAUAGAGAGCAAUAUCUGAAAACGGGCGACCGUCCUAACUGGUCGGCCGCAGCAGCACACUACCUGGAGGCUGCAGUAACUUGGCCAGACAGUGGAAAUCCCCAUAACCAGCUGGCUGUAUUGGCGACAUACGUUGGUGACGAGUUCCUGGCUCUGUACCAUUGCAUUAGAAGCUUAGCUGUGAAAGAACCUUUUCCCGGUGCCUGGAACAAUCUCCUUCUGUUGUUCGAGAAGAACAGAUCAUCUCAUCUGCAAUCUCUGUCGGCCGAUGUUUCGUUUAAUUUCUUAAACCCGUCGGAGAGAAGUGGCUUCACAAGCUGCAGUCCCUCACAAGACAGAGAGAUUAUUACAGGGACGAAGUUGUGGCCACUGGUCGUGAGGACAACAAGCUUCUUCUUCCUUAAAUCCGGCUUGGAUGAGUUUCCUUGUGCUUUUGCAUCAACUAUGAGAGAGUUGGAUGCAUUGCUUGGAGCAGAUGAUGAGGAUCUAAAGGGCAUGUCAGAAUCCUAUCUUCUUAUGGAUUCAGCAAGAGAAGGCCCUUUCAGGUUCCUUCAACUUGUUUCGGUUUUCGUCUUCGUCUUCCACAACUUAACCCCCGAGCACGAGACGGAUGGAUCACAUGACAAGAAGGAUGAGGUCGCACGGCUUACACGGCUAGGGUUGAUCACUACAUUCGUUAUUAUGGGGCGAAUCAUCGAACGGUGUUUGAGGAGAUAUCCCUUUGAAUCUUGCCCACUUUUACCGGCUAUUCUCGAAUUUUUGGAGUACUUACCACCUGUGCUUGACAAAGCGGAGGAAUGCGGGUUUGAUGACGAGAGCGAGGCCGCAAUGUCCUACUUCUUCGGCUCUCUUGUUGAUCUCUUGAAUCAGCUAAAGAAGCAGGGAGAGUACCCAUCUCCUGAAUUGGUAGCUCUUUGGGAGGAUCAUGAGUUGAGGGCCUUUGCUCCUCUGGCUAGUGUACAUGCACGUUUGGAUUUCUCGAGUCAUCGGGACCUAAGAGAGGGUUUUGACAGAGGGAACAAGCUCCGUCUUCAUCGGAUCAAGAAAUCUGGUUUCGAGAUUGCAAGUAGGCAGACGGGUUCUCGGAAGUGGAUCUCCUGGGACGAACAGGAGGCUUGUUUCUUCAUGGCUUCAAAUCUAAACACAGAUCGAAAAGCGUCAAAUGGAGAAUCUGUUGCUGAGAAAGACGGAGAUAAUGAAAAAUAUGUUACUACAAGAACCGAAGUUGUCGUUCCUGCAGAAGAGGAGGAAGUCAUUCUACUCAAACCUCUCGCGAGGUGUCAAUCUGCUCCGCUCUAUUCUUCUUCGGGAAACACAAGAGAGGAUCUUGAAGGGAACCAAACAAGUACAUCUGAUGAUAACCUGCGACGAACAGCAUCAGAUUUCAGCUUCGGCGAAGAUUCUACAGAGACAGAGUCAUCACCUUCCUUUCCAGAAGGCGGUAUCUCGGGAAGACCCCCGUCCCUGAGUGCUUGGGUAGUGGACAGCGAAAAGGAAAACGGAAGAUUCGGCACUGGUAAACACAAUGGGUUGAGCCCCAUUGAUGAAACAGCUCCUGUUACAUCCUUUGAUGAUCUCUCUAUCAGCAAAACCGAGCAGCAUUCUUUCACUAGCAGCUCUUCUUCCUAUUCACCUCCCACUCCUUCUGCUCCAUUACUUCCAGAAGAUGCUUCCUGGUUUCAAGAAAGCACCAUCAACAAGGGAGAGAAUGCUUACAUACCGAAUGGAAAUAGAGAACCUGGUCUGCUCGGUUAUGGACUGCCUCUCCCGGGUUUCAUGAAACCAUACACGAACCCACCGUUUGUUGGAAUUUCCUCGUCUGAAUGGCUUCGUCGGUACAGACAGAGCCAGAAUCUUGGACAGGGAAAUUACCAUAAUGACUUGAGGAACUUUCUCGUGCACGAGUCCACCAAGUUCAGUCUCUUUGACAGGUACGGAACACCAAGUGAUCACCCGAUGGUUCGGUCAGAGAACUCGCUGUCGUACCCCGGAUUGGAUAAUCAGUUCCACAUGCAACCCGAUUACGAGUCUAGAGGAGAGAGGCUGAUCCAAGGUUACCAAAGAACGGAGGGAUUUGGCUUCGGGAUAAUUCCCGGCGAGCUCAGCGACGACCCGAGGCCGUUUCUUCAGUAUUUGAAAGACAAAGAAUGGCUGACAGAGCAUAAUCAGAGGUUAAGAGGUCAUUCUCCCGCUUACAUGAACAACUAAACCGCCCAAAACCAGACAGGAAAACCGGCUUCUUACAUGAGAUUACAGAAACUGUCAAGUAACAUAACUCAAAGUGCAGCUUUUCUGAGGAUGAAGAUGUAAACACUCUCCUGUUGGACACCCUGGAGAAUGUGUUUAGUUUGGCUGCUUGCUUCAUAUGCAAUAUGUCAUUUUUUUUUUCCAGAAACAUUACCAAUACUUGAUUUUGGAUACUCUAUUCUUAUUCAAUAACAAAGAAAAGAGAGGGCAAACAAGAAAAAGGAAAAGAUAGAGGAAUA